AUUCUCAGACCAUCACCCCUCUCCACUCUUUGAUUCUCAAGCGAUGCUCGCGUCUUCACGGCUCGCAGCGCAGCCGCUGUUGGCUCUUCGCAGCAGCGCCCGAAGACUCCUGCAUUCAAGCAACGCAUCACAGACCACGACCACAAGCGCUGCUGCCGCUGCCGCUGCGGCUGUGACACCAAGUGCACAUGCGCAACUCGAUUCUGGAGAUGCGAUCGCCAAGGCAUGGCUUGCGCGAGUGGCCGAUGGCUCGUUCGCCCAAUCGUCAUCCGCUGCUUCAACCCUCGAAGAAGACCCCGUGGUGCAGGCCGUGCUGGACAACACGUAUGCACCAGCACGCGACCAACACGCAGAGGCCACUUCGGAGACAGCGGGCUUCGAGCCGCUGACCAACACAACGCUCUCGCGGUUGCGACCACAUCCGCACGUCAAGUACCCGUCGACGCUGUACGGCUCUGUGCGGCCACGCGCCGACAACGAAACGCUGCGCCAAGCCUUCUUCAAGCCGCGCGUGGAUGCGCUGAUGAAAACGCGCCAAGCGCAGGAGGAGGCCAAGGGCACGGCCGCGUCCUACACAUACAACUCGCGCGUCGAGGCCUUGCGAGAGCAGGCUGCAAUGCACGUCAAAUUUGUCAGCGGCCGCAAGCGACAGGCCCCGCCACCGCUCACGUCGACCAUGGAUCUGAUGCACACGAUCGGCUCAGACCCCAUCUUGCAAAAGCUGGUCAACUGCCUGAUGGAGAGCGGCAAGAAGCGCGCGGCUCAAAAGAUUCUCAUCGACACGAUGAUUUUCCUAAAGAUGCACUUUGUCGGAACCAUUGUGCCCAUGACGCGCCCUCUCAUGUCCGCCACCGAGGCCCAAGCCGCCCGUCGUGCCAUCUACGAGCAAGCAGCGUCAGCAGCAGCAGCAUCGGCAUCAGCAGCUGCGAGCGACGCGUCUGCUUCCCAAUCGUCCAGCGCCCAGGCGAACGCCUUGGACUUGUUCUCGUUCGAUGGUCUCCUUCCUUCCACCACCACCACCACCACCGCUGACAGUGUCUCGCAACCGACAUUGAGCGUAUCGUCAGACCUGGAAGGCGAUCAGCCCAGUGCAGAGGUUGUUGCCGGCGCCGAGUUUGUCAGCGAUUUUAAAACGCCGCUCGAAUUCUUCUCCGUGCUCGACAUGUUGCACGAGGCGAUCGACAAUGUCCGCCCGCUGAUCGAGCUCAAGUCCACCAAGGUGGCAGCCUCGACAUACCAAGUCCCAUUCCCCAUCCAGCCUGCUCGCCAGGUCUCGUUGGCGCUCAAGUGGAUUAUCGACGCGGCCCGCAAGCGCGCAACCCACGGCCUCGCGCCUGCCCUGGCUCUCGAGAUUUUCGAUGCGUACAACCGACGCGGCACUACCAUGAAGAAGAGGAUGGACAUGCAUCGCAUGGCCGAGGCCAACCGUGCCUAUGCCCAUUUCCGUUUGAUGAAGCGAAAGUGAAUGUGAUUUUUUCUUUUUUUCUUCUAUUUGGAACAAAAAGACAAAGCUGUUUCUUUUUUGUUGUUUUUGUUUGUGCAAUCGCAAGUACUUUUUUCGAUCUAGGCAUCAAACCAUAUGGGCUCAACUUGUUAGAUCUAGAUCAUCUAGACCCAAACCACCUCAAACUUUGUCCAA